AUGGAGGCAUCGCAGGGGAGCCCAUGGGGUGUGACGCUUUGUUUCAAAGACCCCCAGCUCGAGGCCGACUUCGCCCUCGACCAUGCCGCGCGACACCGCCGGGAGGAUGCCAUAGGGUCCUUCAUCCUGACUGCAGCUUUGUACGUAAUGAUCGUCCUGACCAAAACUGGCAUGGCGCUUCCCGGGCUGCUGGCUGUCCUGCUCCCCAGCCAGACCUACCUGCGCCUUCGCACCCGGAUCCACCAGGCAAGUCUCCUGGCCACGGCCGCCAUCCUACCCUUCCACGGCUAUCGCCGCUCGCCAGACUUCAUCUCCGGGGAGGAGGAUCGCAUGCAGGCGGCCAUGCGCGCCGCCUCCCGGAUUGCGGCCACUUCCGGGUUCACCAUCAUGGUGUUCGAGCUUCUUGGGCGCCAGCUCCUCCUGCGCCACCGCCUCCCCUGCCUGCUGCCAUGGACAUGGAUGGCGCUGCAGUGCAACAUGGACCACUGCCGGGUGCGGGCUUUCACGACUGACAGCGGAGUGGCCAUCCACGACGCGCACAUGGUGGCAAUCCGCGCGGCAAACAUUGGGCUGGGCGAGUGGCCCCUGGGGUCACCAAGACUGCCGACCCAGGGAUGCGCUGUCUUGACCACUUGGUGCUUCUUGGUUAUGGGGCUGACUCUCCCAAACAUCUUCCUCUACACCAUGGAAGUGCGCGAGCGGACGCGGUAUCUGUUGGAGCGCGGCUUGCCCCCGCCCAGGCUCAAGCUGAGCAAGGGUCUGGAAGAGAACUUCCUACUCCUGCCCUCCGUCCUAGGAGGGAUGUGGCUGUUGGCCAACGCACUUGCCGCUGUGCCGCCGAACAAGCUGAGCUCCCUCUUCGCGCGCUGGAACGCCUAUCUCAUGCAGACCGGGGUCCCGGAGAUCACAUGGUGA